AUGUUGUUUACAAAAGGGAUCGCACUCUUUACAGGAUCUGCUCUGCGGCUUGCGAGGGAUAGCUUCGACAUUGUCUUGAACGACAGGCUCCCUACGAAAAGAAGCUUGCUUAUGAUGCUUCCACAGAUGGUUGCCAACUCUGGCAUUCCAGGAGCCAACACUGCCUUGAUAACCACUGUUGAAGACUGGGAGCGCAUGCUCAUCGUUAACGCCCACAGAGACUUUCUUUGUUACAAACAUGCCGCAGAACAGAUGAUAUUUCGGGGCCACCAUAGCAGGAUUACUGGCGCUAAUUUUAUUGCCGGAAAGAUCGGUGAUUACUUAUGGUUCCCUUCAUACUCGUUGUUUGACGGCGGGGCAAUUCGUAAUUGCACACCGGUGGCCACCUAA